AUGAGAAGCUCUGUGGCGUUUUUCUCUCUCAGCCGAGUCCUGGACGAGCUGAAGGAGACGAUUUCUCAACCAAACGACAAAAAGGUUAGGAUGUCACAUGACCUGAUGAUGUCACAGACAGAACAAACAGAGCAAAGGUGAAAGCGUACAGGACGCCAUUUUAAUCAGCGCAGUAAAGCGUACAGGACGCCAUUUUAAUCAGCGCAGUAAAGCGAACAGGACGCCAUUUUAAUCAGCGCAGUAAAGCGUACAGGACGUGUAUCGGCGCCGUCAGAGCUUCAAAUCGACAGCAGCUCUGCUAAAUAUGUGGCGGCGAGUCGAUUUCUGCUGCUCUACACUUCCUACACACGUCAACCUACACAGAGAAGAUUGUUCUAGACAGGAAGUCAAACACGAAGACCGCGCAUGUAUUUCAAAAUAAAACACCGUAUGUGAACUUCGCUCCAAAUACGCUGAUCCUGAACGCUGCUCUACAGAGCAAAUACAGAACAACACACACACACACACACACACACACACACACACACACACACACACACACACACACACACACACACACAGCAGUAUUCUCAUAGGUGUUUCAUUGUUGUCAUGCUGGUAACACCUUUCCCUCCUCUUCAAAGUCACCGUUGCUAUGGUAACCAUGCGUAGGUGCAGUGAAGGUGCGUUUGUCUGUUGAGUGUUUGUCUGAUCAGCUGAUUUCUCUGAACCCUGAGGUCUCGAUGGUCCACUGAAGAAAACCAGAGAGAGAGAGAGAGAGAGAGAGAGAGAGAGAGAGAGAGAGGGAGAGAGAGAGAGAGAGAGAGAGAGAGAGAGAGAGAGAGAGAGAGAGAGAGAGAGAGAGAGAGAGAGAGAGAGAGAGAGAGAGAGAGAGAGAGAGAGAGAGAGAGAGAGAGAGAGAGAGAGAGAGAGAGGGAGAGAGAGAGAGAGAGAGAGACAGAGAGAGACAGAGAGAGAGAGAGAGAGAGAGAGAGAGAGAGAGAGAGGGAGAGAGAGAGAGAGAGAGAGAGGAGAGAGAGAGAGAGAGAGAGAGAGAAAUAAAAGAAUUAAAAUGCAAAAAUAAAAUACACCAGAGAAAAAUAGAAACUCAGAAAAAAUAAAAAAGUAAAAUAAAUGAGAUAACAUUGAAAAAAAGAGUAAAAGAUGAAAUAAAAGAAUUAAAGAAAAAUAGCAUGAAAUAAAAACACCUGUUCACGUAUCAGUUCCUCUUUUUAAUCAAUAAAACAAUCAAUUCUUUUAAACAAACUUCGGCUCCUAAAUCUAAAAAUCUGUUUAAGUUUGUUCUUCAUGUAAAUUUUUUUAUUUCUCACUCUGAUGAAAAUAUUUCCACAUUUUUAAAAACACGUGAACUCAGAACGGCGUAGACGAGAAUCAGAAGAAGAAGAAGCUCCGCCUCUUCUCUGCAGCUGAGGCUCACCACACUUUGUCUUUUUUAGGUUGAGAGGAUAUUUAUGAAAACGAAGGUGCUGCUCUUCGCUCUCUGUGGAGGAAACUGUGCGUCUGACUCAGACCUGAUCUUUUGAAGGUCAGUCACAGCGGGUUUCCUGCAGCCGUUAGUGUUCAGCCUCCACCUGCAGCAGAAAACAGGUCAGACUGCAAACUCUGCAACGCUCAACGCUCAACCUCUUCCUGACAAACACGUCAACACCGUUCUCUCAUCUGAGGUUGCGGUGAGAAGGUUUCUUUUCCGGCGAUCACAAACUUGAUUUUUCUCACUCAGACGUGUGAAGAUCAGCAGAGGCUGAAGGUCUGUCACACCUCACUGACAUAAACUCAAACCUGAAGGAGAACUGAGGAUCAACAAGUCCAAUCAGAACAAGUUCUCAAACGUCCUCCUGACUCGAGUCAGGAUGAAACUGAAGCAGCAGAGUCAAACAUGGUCCUGUGAAGAACUUUGAUUCUGGUUUUCUGUCUCUCCAGGAUGUCGUGCAGAAAAGUCACUGCAUCCCCCCGUCUCCUGUGGUCCACGUACGAGGACUCUGUGACGCCGUGGUGGAGGCCGAUCUGGUGGAGGCGCUGGAGAAAUUUGGAAACAUCUGGUAAAGACCUAGAUAAUACUACUUCCUGUUCCUCAAGUGUCCACCAGGGGGUAUCUCCAAAGUGAGUUCUGAUAGAAGAACAACCAGACAGGUCCAAAGUUCUGAUAGAGGAACGACCUCCUCUCCAGAUCUGGUGGACGUAGAUGUUCUGACACCAGAAUGUUUCUGUAGGAGAAGAGUCCUGCUGAAGAACUGGACCGGUGCGGUUCUGACCUGUCCCUUCUCUAACAGAGCUGCUGUAUUUGUCUGAGUUUUCCACAGAACCCACCUGUUCGUACCUGAGUGAGUAAGCCCCGCCCCCUCUAACCCCCCGUCUGCUCCCACCGCAGUUACGUGAUGAUGAUGCCGUUCAAGCGUCAGGCUCUGGUGGAGUUCGAUGGCGUGGCGAGCGCUGAGCGGUGCGUGUCUGUUGGAGCCCGUGAAUCCGUCUGCGUCGCUGAUCAGCAGGCGUUCUUUAACUUCUCCACCAGCCAGAGGAUCAGCAGACCCACCAACGCCGCCGACCACCCCGGCGGCGGAAACAAAGUCCUGCUGCUGUCUGUACAGAACCCGCUGUACCCCAUCACCACCGUAAGUCCAGAACCUCAGCCAUCAGGUCUGAACUCAAACCCGGGCCCUGGUUUUACUCCGUUUGAUUCAGAUCACCAUCAUUGCCGUAACCAUCAUCUAGUUCUGUUUGAGUCCCUUUAAGUCCUGGAGACCCUCACAGAUGGAGCUAAACUGUGUCCCUCUGUCCCUCAGGACGUCCUCUACGCCGUCUGUAAUCCUGUCGCUAACGUCCUGCGCAUCGUCAUCUUCAAACGUAACGGCGUCCAGGCCAUGGUGGAAUAUCCUGACCGAUCAGCCGACGGAGUCUGAAGCGAGUCGACUGUCAAAUAUUCAGAGUCAAAAAAAUUUAAAGUGUUCUGCUGCUUCCUGUCCUCUGAUUGGUCUGCUGCUGAUUAUCCUUAACGAGCUCAUUAACAUUUGAGUCGGUGGAGGACGCGCAGAAGGUCAAACUGUCUCUGAACGGAGCCGACAUCUACGCCGGCUGCUGCACGCUCAAGAUCGAGUACGCUCGGGUAAACACACACACACACACACUGUGCUUCUGACAACACACACUCUACUGCAUGCACACACACACAGCCUCACUCUCAUGCCCACACACACACACACACACACACACAGAGGUGCUGUGCUCUGUCGCCCCCUGCAGCCCAACAGACUGAAUGUGAUCCGCAAUGACAACAGCAGCUGGGAUUACACCAGAGCCUUCCUGCUGCACCGAGGUAGGACAACACACACACACACACACACACACACACACACACACACACACACAGACGACAACAGAAAAAAAACAGAACCGGGUCAAAGAAGGACUCAGACCUUCAAUGGGGGUCAUCAAAAAUCUGCUCAGGGUUGAAGAAGGACACGACAAUCUGUGGAGGGGGGGGCGAAGAAAACAAAACGAUUAAUGAGAAAAAAAAACAUGUCUGAAAAAAUGAAAUUAAAAAUAGGAAAAUUAAUUUUAUUGCGUGAAGAAAAACACUAACAGUGUAACAGUGUAACAGUGUUACAAAGCUACAUAGUUACAGUAUAACAGUGUAACAGUGUAACAGUGUUACAGUGUUGGAGUAUAAGUGUUACAGUAUUACAGUAUUACAGUAUUACAGUGUUCUAUGUUAGCGUGUUACAGUGUUGGAGUAUUAGUGUGUUAAAGUAUUACACUGUUACAGUAUUACAGUGUAAUACUGUUACAGUGUAACAGUAUUACAGUAUUACAGUGUAACAGUAUUACAAUGUUACGACAGUAUUACAGUGUAACAGUAUUACAGUGUAACAGUAUUACACUGUUACAGUGUUACAGUGUAACAGUGUUACAGUGUAACAGUAUUACACUGUUACAGUAUUACACUGUUACAGUGUUACAGUGUAACAGUGUUACAGUGUAACAGUAUUACACUGUUACAGUGUUACAGUGUAACAGUGUUACAGUGUAACAGUAUUACAGUGUAAUACUGUAAUACUGUUACAGUGUAACAGUAUUACAGUAUUACAGUGUAACAGUAUUACAAUGUUACGACAGUAUUACAGUGUAACAGUAUUACACUGUUACAGUGUUACACUGUUACAGUGUUACAGUGUAACAGUAUUAAUACUGUAAUACUGUAACACUGUAACAGUGUUCCAGUGAAACAGUAUUACAGUGUUACAGUGUUACAGUGUGACAGUAUUACAGUGUUACAGUGUAACAGUAUUACAGUGUUCCAGUGUAAAAGUAUUACAGUGUUCCAGUGUAACAGUAUUACAGUGUUACAGUGUAACAGUAUUACAGUGUUACAGUGUGACAGUAUUACAGUGUUCCAGUGUAACAGUAUUACAGUGUUACAGUGUAACAGUAUUACAGUGUUACAGUGUAACAGUAUUACAGUGUUACAGUGUAACAGUAUUACAGUGUUACGACAGUAUAACAGUAUUACAAUGUUACGACAGUAUUACAGUGUUCCAGUGUAACAGUAUUACAGUGUUCCAGUGUGACAGUAUUACAGUGUUACAGUGUAAAGAAUUCCUGAGUGUCCCGCAGACUCACCUCCCGUCUUCAGAUUCCUCAAAAAUGUCCAGGUGCCUAAAAAACAGACAGAAACGUUUUAUUUGCAGAACAGGUGAGAGCAGGUAAGAAGGCUGCUGAUUGGUCAGAGGUACAGGUGAGGCAGUAGUUGGGAGAGGAGAGAUGUUCCUGCAGAAGUGUCUCUGACCUCCAGACUCCCUGUGGACCCAUGUGUCUGUCUGUGUGUCACAGAGCGAGGGACGGCGAGGGGGAGGCAGCGUCAGGCCAUCCUCGGGGAGCAUCCCUCCAAUGGCUGCGGUACCCUCUAUUUCUCCUUGUCUCCUUCUCUGUGUGUCCUUGUCACCUUCUCUAUGUGUCCUUGUCUCUUUCUCUGUGUGUCCUCAUCUCCUUCUCUGUGUGUCCUUGUCUCCUUCUGCAGUGUGUCCUUGUCUCCUACUCUGUGUGUUUCCUUGUCUCCUUCUUCAGUUCUGUUUAUUCUUCCAUCCCCUAUGCAGGUCAUCUCCGCCCCCUGCUGCCUCGACCCUGUAAUAGCAGGUACAGGAGGAGCUGUGAGGAGGUGCAGGAUUCCAUCACCUACCCCCUGCUCCUCCCUAAGACCUUCUCCACCCUCUCGUCCUCCUCCUCCGCCUUCCUGGGCCCUGCUUCCAGCUCUGUUGCCAUGGUGAGCGGCCUCCAUGCCACCAAGAUGAACUGCAGCCGCGUCUUCAACCUCUUCUGUCUCUAUGGUAACGUGGAAAAGGUGUGUGUGUGUGUGUGUGUGUGUGUCUCCUCCUGAUGUUCAGGUCGACCAGGUUGGAGUGUUUGAAUAAUGAAGGUCUGACUGUUGGUGUUUGAAGGUGAAGUUCAUGAAGAGCGUCCCCGGCACGGCGCUGGUGGAGAUGGGGGAUGAGUACGCAGUGGACCGAGCUGUGACCCACCUUCACGGCAUCAAGGUGUUUGGACAAAAACUCAGUGUUUGGUAAGGAAGGUCGGCCAUCUUUACGCCGAUUCAAACCUGGAGGAGAUGUGGACAAACCUUCAUAACGCUCGUUCAAAAAUAUCCGAAUAUUUCCUCUAAAAUCUCGAGGUUCCGAUAAGUAACCACAAUCAUUGUCAAAAGACCACGUGUCCCAGGACCAGCAGAGUCUUUCCACAAAUAUGAGACACGGUCCAAGUGAAGAAACCGUCCCCCUUAGAAAGAAUCAUUUUAAAGGACGUCUUUAGACGUCCAAACAGACGGCACAGUCGUCCACCCAACAGCACAAACAUGUCCUCUAAAAACAAAGUCCUUCCUCUCACUGCUAUCGUCCCUCUUCAACCUGUCCUCUCCCUGUCCUCAUGUGUCCUCUCCUGUCCUCACAGUGUGUCCAAGCAGCAGGCUGUGAUUCCCAGUCAGGUCUUUGAGUUGUCUGACGGCAGCAGCAGCUACCAAGACUUCAGCCUGACCAGAAACAACCGCUUCAGCGGCUCACAGAGCGGCAGGAACAUCAUCCAGCCGCCCGCCGCAGUCCUGCACUUCUACAACGCCCCGCCCACUUUCAGCCGGCAACAACUAAACCAGGUGAGGAACACCUGAGAUACAUGCUUUACUGCAGAAACAGGAGCUGGAGAUGAUGGAGGAGGGUGGAGAACUGACCGAGGGAGCUUCUGAGAAAGACUGUUACUGUAAAAGAAAAGGGGGCCCAGCGUGGAGCCCUGUGGGACACCUCUGAUCAUCAAAGGGGGCCCAGCGUGGAGCCCUGUGGGACACCUCUGAUCAUCAAAGGGGGCCCAGUGUGGAGCCCUGAUUUUUCUGAUCUGUCCUCUCUUUGUCCGUCUGUAGCUCUGCACCGAACACAACGUCCCAGUUUUCAUCAAGUUUAAGGUGUUUGACGCCAAACGUAAGUUCAGCCAAUCAGACGCAGUUUAAAGGCGAGGACUGACUCUGUCACCUUAAAGAAAAUACUUUUCUUUACCUCUUCCUCUUCCUCCUCCUCUUCCUCUUUGUCUUCCUCUGUCCCAUCAGCCUCCUCAAAGACUCUGUCCGGUCUCCUGGAGUUUGACAGUAAAACUGAAGCUGUGGAAACGCUGACUGUCCUCAACCACCACCAGAUCAGGAUACCCAGUGAGUACUCACCUGACACACAGGUAACACCGCAGGAACCAAUCAGGAAGGGGAAGUUAAGACUGAGGUCAAACCUGGUCCCAAAAGUGCAGUUCCUCUUAUGUCCACCAGAGGCCGUCAUUUCAGUUUGAUUUCAUCCUGUCUGGAGCUCAAAAAGGCUCUUCGAACCCGAGCUGAGACACCUGACACUGGGACAGCAGUCCGUCUGUCUCUCCGUCUCUCCGUCUCCUGUAGUCUUCAUGUUUAUAUCAGACUCGUUCUCUCUCUGCUCUUCGUUGUUGUUGUUGUUGUUGUUGUUGUUGUUGUUGUUGUUGCUGUUGUUGUUGUUGUUCUUGUUGUUGUUGUUGUUGUUGUUGUUGUUGUUGUUGUUGUUGUUGUUGUUGUUGUUGUUGUUGUUGUUGUUGUUGUUGUUGUUGUUGUUGUUGUUGUUGUUGUUGUUGUUGUUGUUGUUGUUGUUGUUGUUGUUGUUGUUGUUGUUGUUGUUGUUGUUGCUCUUCGUUGUCAUUGUUUGGUUUAUAAAUGAUUUGACCACUAGAGGUCAGGAUUCCCUUAAACUGCAGGGUCAGGACUGUAUCUUUCUGUCUGAUGCGAGUUUCUCUCUGUGUUUCUGUCUCCGACCUGCAGACAGCUCCACCCCCUUCACCCUCAAACUCUGCUUCUCCACCUCCUCCCACCUGUGA